AUGAAACAACACACUCGUUUACUGGGCAUCGCAGCCCUCGCCUUUCUCGCAGACCGGGCAGCAGCAUGUACCUCAAAUGCAGAAUGUACCUUACCCGGCCUGGGAUUUUGCAACAGUCUGAACGCUUGCGUUCCUCGCUUAGUCAACGUCAACUGCCGAGUUGACGGGGACUGUGGUAAUGCUGCUCUCCCCGAGUGUAAUCCUGCCACCGGUCUCUGCAUCGCAGCCGUCGGCGGAGUUACUUGCACAACUGAUUCAGACUGCACCAACCCUCUUCUGCCCGAAUGCGAUACUGACACUGGCCUCUGUAUUGAGACUGUUGUCGGAGGAGUCACUUGCACAACUGAUGCCGACUGCACCAACCCUCUUCUACCCGAGUGUAACACCGCGACUGGUCUCUGUAUUGAGACUGUUGUCGGGGGAGUCACUUGCACAACUGAUGCCGACUGCACCAACCCCCUUCUUCCUGAAUGCAACACCGCCACUGGCCUCUGUAUUGAAACUAUCGUCGGGGGAGUUACCUGUUCAACUGAUGCCGACUGUACCAACCCUCUUCUACCUGAAUGCGAUACCGACACUGGCCUCUGUAUUGAGACUAUUGUUGGCGGAGUCACUUGCACAACUGAUGCAGACUGCACCAAUCCUUUACUCCCUGAGUGUAACACCGCGACUGGUCUCUGUAUUGAGUCCAUUGUUGGGGGCGUUACCUGCACAUCUGAUACAGAUUGUACCAACCCUCUGCUCCCCAGCUGUGAUACUGAUACUGGGCUUUGCAUUGCGGCCGUCGCCGGAGUCACUUGCACAACUGAUGCAGACUGUACCAACCCUCUUCUGCCUGAAUGUAACACUGCCACUGGCCUCUGUAUUGAGACUAUCAUCGGCGGCAUUACAUGCACAACUGAUGCAGACUGCACCAACCCUCUGCUCCCUGACUGUGACACUACUACCGGCCUCUGUAUUGCAGCCGUCGGUGGCGUUACUUGCAUAACUGAUGCAGAUUGCACAAACCCUCUCCUCCCUGACUGUGACACUGAUACCGGUCUCUGCAUCGCAGCUGUCGGUGGCGUUACUUGCACAUCCGAUGCAGACUGUACGAACCCUCUGCUGCCUCAGUGUGAUACUGAUAGUGGGCUUUGCAUCGCAGCCGUCGGUGGUAUCACUUGCACCACAGAUUCAGACUGCACAAACCCUCUAUUGCCUGACUGUGAUACUGAUACCGGUCUCUGUAUUGCAGCGGUUGCUGGAGUUACUUGCACUACAGACGCCGACUGCACGAACCCUCUAUUACCCGACUGCGAUACUGCUACCGGCCUCUGCAUUGCAGCAGUUGGGGGAGUUACUUGCACUACAGACGCCGACUGCACAAACCCUCUAUUACCCAACUGCGAUACUGAUACCGGUCUCUGCAUUGCAGCAGUUGGAGGAGUCACCUGUGAAACGGACGCCGACUGCACAAACCCUCUAUUGCCUGACUGCGAUACUGAUACUGGGCUUUGUAUCGCUGCUGUUGGGGGAGUCACUUGCGAAACGGACGCCGACUGCACAAACCCUCUAUUGCCUGACUGCGACACUGAUACUGGGCUUUGUGUUCCUGGCGAUGCCGCUACUACAACAGCUGAUGCUAUUAUUGAUACCACAACUGAUAUGGGCGCUGAACCAACCACUACCGACAUUGCUAUCGAUACGACCACAGACGUUCUCGCAGACACCACCACGGAGGCUCUUGCCGACACUACUACGGAGGCUCUUGCCGACACUACUACGGAGGCUCUUGUCGACACUACUACGGAGGCUCUUGCAGACACCACCACAGAAGCUCUUGCAGACACCACCACAGAAGCUCUUGUAGACACUACCACGGAGGCUCUUGCAGACACCACCACAGACGCUCUUGUAGACACCACCACAGACGCUCUUGUAGACACUACUACCAUCGUUUCCAGCCCUGGUAGCACUGAAGCAACACAAACGAAUGGCAAUACGGACACCGAGCAGCCCACCAGUACCAAUUCAGUCGAAGCCUCCACUCCCAUCAACACUGGAUCAACAACUGACAACUCUCUUGCUCCCGCCAGCACCUCCAUCACUGAAACUAAUGACACUACUUUCACUACUGGAACCGCUACCCAGACAAGCGGCUCGACCAUUGAUGGUGGAGACCAAACCAGUGACACCACGUCAGCAGCUGCCUCGGAAACAUCAUCAUCUGGUCAAAAUCCCGAUGCUAUUGGUAACUUCCGAUUGUUGGGCUGUUUUAGCUCUUCCCUUGGAUUCCCCAGCUUUGAACUAUCAGUCAGCAGUGGUAGCAACGAUCAGAACUCAUGUGCUGACUCCUGCGAUGGAAGUCGAUUUUUCGGUACUUACGAAGGCAACUGCUAUUGUGGUUCCGAAUUGGAAGCCUCCAAGGUCGAUGAUGAUCAAUGUGACAUUCCAUGCCCCGGCAACGAUGAGCAAACCUGCGGUGGAGAUCUGACUUCUGCCCGUCGUGGUCGCCUUUCCAAGCGUCAGAACAUCUCCACCAACAUUCUCCUCAUCAUCUAUGUCGAUGUCACCUUUGCCGAAACUGCCAGUGGUAGCAUCACUAUCCCAGUUGAUACAGUCACCUUGCCCGGUGAAGUAACCACUGUUGCUGGUGAAGUUAUUACCUUGUCCGGCGAGGUUGUCACACAGACUGGAGAGGGUAUCCCUGGACCUGGAGCCACGGUCACCAUUUCUGGUGACGUUGUUACUCUGCCGGGCAACACAGUCACUGCAUCUGGUGCUACCGUCACGGAUGUUACGACUGUCACAACCACCUUUGUCUCUACCGUUACAGAAGCCUCGCAGACCCUCGUCACUACCGUUACUGCCGUUGUAGUCUGCCAGAGCGGACACUGCGUUCCAACAACUGGCCUGCCACCAAAGUCGCCCGUCUACGUGUUCAACCCUUACCCAGGCGAAGACUGCAUUGGUGAGCUUGUCUACCUGGCCAGCCCAUGUUCUUGCCGUGGCGGCGUUGAAUACGUUCCGUACCGCUGUGACGACUCAUCAUGUACCGGAAAGACCGUUUACAAGCCGGAGAAGACGCAAUACAGCGGCGAUAACAUUGUGUACUACCCCUCGGAGUGUACAUACGACCAGUGUUCUACUACUGGUUCUCUUUACAAGCCUUACGACGGCAUCCAGUCCGGACACAAUGGAUCUGAUGAACCCAAGGGACAUGACGGCUACAGUGGUGAACAUGGAGGUUCUGAACAAGGCAAGCCUGGAUAUGAGGGUGGCAAGCCAGGAUCUGAAGGUGGCAAGCCAGGCUCUGAAGGUGCUAAGCCAGGCUCUGAAGGUGCUAAGCCAGGCUCUGAAGGUGCUAAGCCAGGCUCUGAAGGUGGCAAGCCAGGAUCUGAAGGUGGCAAGCCAGGCUCUGAAGGAGCUAAGCCAGGCUCUGGAGGUGGAAGUGAGGGAUCAGGCAAUGACUCCCAAGACUCUACUGGAAGUGAAGGCUCCAACGGUGGUCAUGGAGAUUCUUCAGGCGGCUACCAGGGCUCUGGAAGUGGAAGCAAAGGAUCUAGUGGUGAUCAACAAGGUCCUACCGGAAGUGAGGGGUCUAGUGGUGGCUAUGAGGGAUCCAACAACAACCAAGGAUCUGGAGCCAAUGGUGAAGCUCCUACCAAGCCAACCGAUGAGGGCUCUGGAGGUAAGCCUGGAUCAGGAGAUUCCAGCCCUGUUGUUGUUUCGCAGGCAGACGGACAGGCUGUCGCCAAUUUUGUGCUCAUGCUUGCCCCUGUCUUGGUUGCUGCUCUCUGGAUUUGA